AUGACGAAAGGGAAGAAAAUGGUUGUAGAAUCUUCGGUACAGUCGUCUUCAUCAUCUUCUUCCUCCGAAAAUGAGGAUCGUCUGCAAAUUUCGGAGUUAAAAGGACAGACGGUAUCAUAUUACUUCAAAAUGGAGGAAAUUCAUUUCUGUCCGAGGAUAAAUACUAGAUGCUACCCGUCGGAGACAUUGAAAAACCUGAAAGAUCUAUUAACAGCGAAAGAGUGGCUAUACUUCAAGAACGAAUCGCAGUUUCAACAUCUAUUCCAUGAUCAAUUUGAAGACACCCUGAAAAUGGCGCCGACGACAUAUCUGAUAAACCAUGCAGUGAGGGUCGGUGAUGAUAAAGAGCUGUGGUUUGUCUAUAAUGGUGUACCAAUCAGAUACUCGAUCAUCGAGCACGCACUAAUAUGCGGAUUAAAGUGCGGUGAAUAUCCGGGAGGGUGGGAGUAUAAGAGAACAAGUCACUUUAGAGUUAAGACAUUUGGAAAAGGAAAGGUGACUAAACAAGGUGUGCUCAAGCAACUAGAGAAGACACCUACUCAUAGGGUUGCCGACCGGAAGAAACUGGCAAUUGUGAUGUUACUUGGAGGAGUCUUAGAUCAUGGUACAACAGAUGAUCACAUAAACCAUGAUUUGGUAGACAUGGUUAAUGAUUUGGAGUUUUGUGAAAAAUUUCCUUGGGGACGUUAUACAUUCGAAAAAAUCACUGAUCAAAUACGAAAGUGUUGGUUAUAA